AUGGCAAGGAAGGCUGAAAAUGACAAACAUAAGGCCAAAAAGGGUGAAGAAGCACCAGAGCGGAGCAAACACCAGGACCGGGCUCCCUUCAGAGGGUUGCCCCCGAGGGUGCCCCCUCCCCAAGCAGAGGCACCACCUCGCCAGCAGCGCACUGUAAAUGAAGUAACUCGUUUCGAUGAGUACACCCCAUUGAACAAACCACAAGAGGAGAUCUUACAUUUGAUCAAAAAUCAGCCAUUCUUUAGGGCACCCGGGAGUUACAGAGACGGACAGCCGCAGCAAGGGCCUAAUAACAAGCUGUGUGAAUACCAUAAUUCUUAUGGGCAUUAUACCAAGCAUUGCGGCCAUCUCGAGCAUCAGUUGGAGUUGCUAGUACGACAAGGUAAUCUGGACCAGUUCAUAGCCAGAGUGAAUGAAGGCCAAGCACAGAGACCAGAACAGAGAAACGAGCCCCAACAAGAUCAGGGGAAAAACCGGGAUCGCAGACCAGAGGACAAUCGCGACAACCGAAGAGGAGAGGUGCAGGGACGAGAACCUCCCUUUCCAUACCGAAGGGAGGUGCACAUGAUUUUCAGAGAAAACGGGACACCAACCUCCAAUCGAGCCAAGAAGCAGGUGGUACGCGCAGUAAAAAUAGGGUACUACCCCAAGCUAGUUAUGGAGAUUACAAGCGCGGCAGAGGAGCCGGUUAUCAGUUUUGGGUCAGAGGACCUGAGAACACUUGUGUAUCCUCACGACGAUGCAUUGGUCUUUACAGCGGACAUAGCAUCCUGUGUGAUACACCGCGUGUUCGUGGAUUCAGGGAGUGCAGUAAACAUUCUGUACUUGGAAUGUCUUCGAAAGAUGGGAAUCGAGGCCAACGUUGAGCCUACAAAUUCACCCUUAUUCGGGUUCGGAGGAGAGAUUGUCAUGCCAAUAGGGUUUGUGGAGCUGCCAGUUACGCUGGGAAGAAGAGACGUUUAUAAGAACAGGAUGAUCAGAUUCCUGGUAGUGGACAUGCCCAGCCCUUUGUAUAACGUGAUACUCGGCCGUCAUGUGCUGACAGCCUUCAGAGCAGUCAUUUCCAUGUUCCACUGGAAGAUGAAAUUCCCCAUCGGAGGGGGCAGAGUGGGGGAGGUAUGGGGUGAUUAG